CUCAGAGGAGGAUGGCCUACAACCAGCAUAUGUUGUUGAAUGCUGGUAGCACGCUGUCCAGAGCAGGAACCACAGCAAGACAGAGUCUCAGUAAUUUCUUUGGUAUAAACAAAGAGAGUAGGGAUAUCUGGUCUGAGAAGUUUCAACAGAGAAUAAAUCAACAAAAAGUUGGUCUGACGUUGCGGGAUGAAAAAGAGGCAUUCACAACUCUAUCGAGACGGUUAUCCUUGAAAAGAAACGCUAGAGUCAGCCUCAGACACCCCCCUCGCAGUGCAUCGCCCGACCACGGCCCUCACCGAGAAGCUAUAGAGUUGGAGGAUGACGUGUUCUUAUCUCCAAACAAGAACGACAGGAAGAUAGACAGCGCUCUCCUCAUCACUAACAAGGAGGAGGCUCUGGAAUGCUACCGACGAAUGAUAGAGAGGAGUACCCAGAAAACACCCCUGACGUCAACAGACAGCAGUGAGUGGUUUGGUGUUAACACCUUGGUCCGUGUCGGAGCUCACGACCUCCGCUCUAAUCUCCGCACCCCUGCUUCGCUGGCCCGCGAACAAAACAUCAAGGUUCAACUUGAGUCCCUCCCCGAGUUCACCCCUUGGUUUAUAUACGUAGUUACUCUAGCUCAGAUUAUAUUCAUGUGUUUCAUGCUGUGGUCUUAUGGCGGUAUCCACACAGUCGGGCUAUCCCCCUACACUGUGGUGCAGGAGAACACGCCAACUGUCCGCUCUUCUCUCGACGAAGUGUCCAGAACUGUGACUCCCAACAUCUGGCUUGGUCCAGAUGAAAACUUCCUCAUAAAAUUCGGAGCUAAGUUUAGUCCGUGCAUGCGUGAGGAUCAUCUUAUUAACAUUAAGUACACUAACAUAUACAGCAAACAAGACAGUGAGUUUGUCUGCUGCCAGUUUGACAGUAUCAACAGGAACUGGGUCGGUUACACAACCAUUUCAGCGUGUCGUGGCUACGGAGAAGCUCUCUCUCACACCAACUGUUCCGUCUACACGGACGAUAACCCCAUGUUCACCCACAAGUUCAGACCGUGUUGCACUAACGUGACUGGAGGCUGUAUGAUGACAUCGCAGGAACAUUGCUUGUUCUUAAAGGGCCGAUGGCAGGAGUCUGCGGAGACUUGUAGCCAAGUCAACUGCUUAUCUCAGAUUUGUGGAAUGAACGAGUUGAAGAGUAAGGGUAAGAACACUCCCUACAUUGCUGAAGCUAACCAAGGGUACAGACUCGUCACCGCAAUUUUUGUCCACGCAGGGGUGUUACAUCUCAUCCUAACGAUUGUAGCCCAGCUUGUCCUGGGGAGUCAGAUCGAGAGGACCGCUGGUUGGUUCAGAAUAAUGCUAAUCUACCUUACUUCCGGUAUUGGGGGUAAUCUCAUUUCCAGCGUGUUUGUUCCUUACGAAGCGACGUGCGGUGCUGGUGGUCCUGUGUAUGGCCUGCUCGGUGUUGUUCUUGUAGAGUUUCUGCAGAGUUACCAGGUCGUCAUAAAGCCUGGAAUUGAGCUCAUCAAACUAUUGUCGGUCAUCGUGCUAUCGCUCUUCAUCGGGACUCUGCCGUAUCUUGACAAUUUCGCUAAUAUCGGUGGGAUGAUAUUUGGGGUCCUCUCUGCAUACCUCUUUCUCCCCUACAUUACAUUUGGUAAAUUUGAUUACGGACGCAAAGUCCUUCAAAUUAUCGUGGCGUUUUUGUUAAUUGUAUUUUUAUUCAUCGUCGGAUUUGUAGCGUUUUAUAUAGUCCAGGGCACGGAUUGGUGUAAAAACUGCUAUUAUUUAAACUGCAUUCCAUAUUCGAGUAACAUGUGCCAUAAGCAUUUAAUAAAUUUAUAGUUAUACCAUUGGCAUGUAUUUGUUUUUAAAUGAGAAUCGAUAAACGGAUAUUAAGUUUCUAAAUAUUGUUUUUGUAACGCGCUAAGGUAAAUUAUUUGUUUUUGUAUAACCAACAUGUAAUAAUUAUGAUCAGGUUGCGAUCAAAAAUUUCUGCAAUUUGAUAACACCUCUUGUUUGUUAACUAUUUUCUAGUUAUUUCUGUAAUCAGAAAUGAGUGAUUCCCAUUAACGUGUUAAUCUUUUCAAUACAUUUUCUUAUACCAUCCUGAUAUUUAAAGGUUAUUUGAUUCAUUUAUUUGUAGGAACUUUGCUCCGAUAAGUUCCAAUGUUUAUACUCGUUACAACCAUUUACUCAAAUCGUAUUUGAGAGCUUUAACUGUAUACAUUAAUACUGGUAAUUGCAGUAUAAUCGUUCUCUAAUGAGGAGAUGAAGCAGUUUAUCGCUGCGCUAUCCUAACUAUUUUACUAUUAAAGAGUACGUUGUUUGUUACGCUUGAUUUUCAUAUAAGUUGUUUUCAGAUGUAUUACACGCGGUUGAGAAACAUUAUCUUCAUUACUUUAAAAGAUUGAUUAUCAUUAUCAUCAUCGAAAUAUUGGUUUGUGUUUGGGGUAUAACGGGUAAGGUGUACGUGGAAAAGUGAGAAUUUGGCUGGACCGCAAGUCCUCAGACUCAAUUAGAUCAAUUACAGCAUAACGUGGCACAUAACUGCGUUACACUACCUCUCAUAGCUAAGUAAAUAAGUCCCGCUUUAUGGAGGUAACAUUAACCUUGUUAGCGGGAACUUUAAACCUAUUACCCGAUCUCUGGUUGCUGUAUCCAGCUCUUUAGUGCGCUGCUGUCUGGUGUGGCUGUGUUGGUAUAUAUAUAGCGUGUAAUGCUCCCCUAGUUAUACAAAUUAAACAUUCCUGCAGUCUUCUGCGCUAUAAUUUCGCUAAAUUAUCUGAUUUUGUAUAAAAUGGUGUUUUUUUUCUGUGUUAUAUCGUUGACUUGCGGUUCUUGGCAACUUUUCGCCAUUUGGAGCAGAUGUGUGUACAUAAAUAACAUGGUUUUAAAGUUAAACUGCAUUCAUACCUAACCUAUAUUUAUCUGAUUUAUUAUAUCACAAUUUUGAAACUGUUGCUUUUGUAAUUUUAUAUGAUAUGAGCUAUUUUUAUCACACCUUUGCCUU